AUGGCUCGUAUCCAAUUCCUCGCUAUUGCCCUGGGCACUGCUCUCAGUGCUCAAGCCACGUCUCUCGAUGUCGAUGUCAACGCUGUCGGUGCGAAUCUUAAUUUGGAGUUAUCCUUGGACGAUACUAUUGCUCUGUGGGAAAACACCUGGCCCAAAGUGGCUCAAUACGUUCCCGGUAUCACCUGUGUUCUAGGUGAUGCUGCCGCCCAGAAGAACACCUCUACCGGUGAGCUUGAGGGUUGCGCGGUUAUCCAGAAUGAAUUGUCCACCCAUUUCCCUGGUGUUCAGUGCACUGGCAACCUCGACGAAGAAACUUUGAGGAAGGGACUCGAGGUAUCCGCCGAAGUUCAGGUCGGUACGACUGAGCUUUCACUCCGAAGGCAGGAUCCUGGCUUGAGUGCAGCAAUCGAUAGGGCGGACCAGGAAAAAGAUAGGCAGAUUGAUCAAAAGAGCAGAUCAGCUCUUUUGACUUGUGCUGCCGCUCCCCAUCCUGGAAAUUGCUACACAUGCGUUAGUGGCGCGGCGGGUGCAGCUAUCGGUAGUGUGGGCGUAUGCGGUGCAGCGGCACACGUUGCACUGAAAUCUUCACCUACUACCAGUGGCUUGGUUUUUGUUGCACUUGCCGCCUGCGGACUUAAAGCCAUUGGAGACUUGGGUAAUUCCAUCUCUGGUUGCCCACUCAGGGUAAGUUAUCAAUUUUAUAUCUCUCCAUGA